AUGUCGGCUCCACCAGAACCCACGGUCGAAACUCCCGUAGAAGACACGCCUAUGGCCGACUCUGAAGUCGACACCAAGGAGUCCAGCGAUGCCAAUACCGCUGGCCCUGUGGACUCCGCGGACCAUGAUGCCCCAAACACUGAAACAGCACCUACCGACCAAGAAGCGGCUGCCAAAGACGAAUCCAAGGAACCCGAGCCUGUGGACUUGGAGAAGUUGAAAGCAACAUUCCAGGAAAAGGCUAAAACAUACUUGAUCGAGCAGUCGCGUCAUGUUGUGAUUCCAUCCUUCGCAAAAUGGUUCAACAUGAACGAUGUGCACUCAAUCGAAAAGAAGCUGUUCCCAGACUUCUUCCCAGUCAAGACACUGGAUGACACACCCAAGUCCGUGUACAAGACGCCUGAAGUGUACCAAAACAUGCGUGACUUUAUGAUUAACACCUACCGUCUCAAUCCCAUUGAGUACUUGACGGUGACGGCGGUGAGAAGAAACUUGGCAGGAGAUGUGGCCAGCAUCAUUCGUAUUCACAGAUUCUUAGAGAAAUGGGGCUUGAUUAACUAUCAGAUCGAUCCACGUACAAAGCCAUCGCUUGUGGGUCCUCAGUACACGGGCCACUUCCAGAUCACCUUAGAUACUCCCAAGGGAUUGACUCCACUUGUUCCUGAGGAACUAGAGGUUGUAUCCAAAAAGACUUCUACCGCUGUGCCCACAUCUGAGCCUAAGCAGGUGGAAACACCUAAAAUUAAGGAGGAAGAUGAAGAUAACCUGGUGAUUCCUCUCAAUUUGGAAAUCACAAGUAACAUCUUUGAGGAAUCGGGAUCCAAAUCAGCCGUGUCUUCCAUCCAAUAUUUCUGCAAUGAAACUUCCAACGACAUUUCCAAUAUCAGAUAUCACAACCUUAAAAGCAAAGGUGUAACAGGCAACUUUGGACCACUGGAGAUCAGCAAGGAUGUGUUUGAACAAGGUUUGUUUCCUCUGAACUUCACGUCCUCGGACUUUGUCAAGUUGGAGAAGUCAUUCAAGAACACCGAAUGGAGCCAACAAGAGGUUUUGCUUCUUUUGGAAGGUAUCGAGAUGUAUGCAACCGUAGACUCCAACCCACUGUCACUAUUCAUCAACAGCAACGGCCAAUGGGACAGAAUCAGCGAGCACGUUGCUCUGAAAUCCAGAGAAGAGUGUUUGGUGAAGUUCUUACAGUUGCCGAUCGAGGACAAGUAUUUGCACGCAUUGAUCAAGCCUGAAACGAAGGACUCGCUUGACCAGAACUUGGACAAGGACACAAUCAUCCAGGAGGUGGUUGCGAAGUUGAUCAAAUCUAACGAGGGUAAGGAGUUACUCGAUAAGAGUGCUAAAUCUGGUUUGGAAGAUGCCGUGUUGAACCAAACCAACUUGAUUAAUCAGGUAAUUGAGUUGACGUUGGAGAAGGUGGAUGCUAAGUUGAAGCUCAUCAACCACCUAGAGGCCGACUUGGUGAAGACAGAAAACUUGUUGAACUUGCAGAGAAAGCAGGUACUCAUUGAGAGAUGGUUAAAUUUUGAGAAGUUAAGCAAAUUUAAGAAGGAGAACAACAACCCAGAAUUGACGCCUUUAUUGGAUGACUUGUUGACGCCAAUCAACAUCAACGAGAUCAACAAAAGCUUCAACAAAAUUAAUUUGGACGCUUCCUCUGACAACCCUACCCCAGAAGUUAGUGAACAGGCUGAGGAGGAAGUCUUGCCCAUUAGUGUGACACAGCCUAAGUCUUACCAAUUCUGGUCUGCUUAG